UCCAGUUCAGAGUGUAGGAACUGGUUGAAGGAGGCAGCGUUCACCACUGAGCUCCACUGUCAUCAUGGGUGACUGGUCGUUCUUGGCCUCCCUGCUGGACAAGGUGCAGGCACACUCCACUGCAGUGGGGAAGGUCUGGAUGAGUGUUUUGUUUCUGUUCAGGCUCUUCAUCCUGGCUGCUGGCUUGGACAAAGUGUGGGGAGAUGAACAAGCAAACAUGGACUGCAACUCCAAAUCCCCCGGCUGCAGGAACGCCUGUUACGAUCAGUCCUUCCCCAUGUCCCACACGCGCUUCUGGGUCCUCCAGAUCCUGUUUGUCUCAUUGCCAACGCUUAUCUACCUCGGCCACGUCCUGCUUGUCAUCCGCAGUGAAAACAAGCUGAGGAGACGCGUGGAGCAGAAAAUUGGUAAGAAUGGGAUGAUAAAAGCCCCAAAGUAUUCAGACGAACACGGCAAAGUUGAGCUGAAGGGCAGUUUGCUGUUCAGCUACAUCACCCAGCUGUUCUUUAAGAUCCUCCUGGAGGUGGCCUUCAUCGUAGGCCAGUACUACCUCUACGGCUUCAUCCUCAUGCCCUACAAGAUCACGUUUGACAAGUACCCAUGCAGGGGCCAGGUGGAGUGCUUCAUAACCCGUCCCACGGAGAAAAGCAUCUUCAUCAUCUUCAUGCUGGCGGUGGCCUUUGUCUCUGUGUUUCUCAACAUCGUGGAGGUGUUCUACUUGAUUGGCUCAAAAUGCAGCGUGAGGAAGAGGAGGAACAGCGAAUCAACUGCCUCAACAGAGAUGUACAGCCUGGGCAAGCCAACAUACAGCCCAACUAAUAUAUGACUCAAACACCAACAUUGUGGGUGAGAUGUCUUAACCUUGACUUUGAGACAUCGUAUUUAUCUUGAAACUAUCUUCAAGGGACUGCAAACACCUUUUUGUACUGUCUGCCUGAGUUGAUCCGCUCACAUGUGGUGAAACCUCGCCUCACUGAAACCUACAGUCAGUCAAAGUCAUAAUGAGCAAUAUCAAUUAACUUGAUUAAACUGAAAUGCUACCAAAGCUGAACCACAGAAUCUUUAGGCUUUAAACAUGAAAGUUUGGGCUCUACAUGUGAUAGUUUUUGUGAAAGGGUUUUUAAAUUGUCAGAAAUAUUAUACAUAUCACUGCUGUUAUUGAAAGUGAAAAAUGAAAAAGAUGGACUUGAUGUCUUGACUGGACAUGAUUAGAACUAGUAGACCUUAUAACGCUAAUAAUAAUUGCUAAUAAGAGGAGAGUAUUGACCAGAAAUGUGCAAUUUUGUAAUUUAAUUCUACUUUCCUGAUUAUGAAGCACAUGAUUUUUGCUUUUGACAUAAAUUAAUAAACUGAAGACUAGUCUUUGUUUGUUUGUUUGUUUGUUUGUUUUGUUGUUUGUAGCUGUGUUGUUGCACUUGCUUUUUUAAUGAAUUGUCUUUAUAAAUUAUGUUUAAAUUGUCUGUGGUAAUGUAGCUCACUGAAA